AUUCUUAAUUUGUUGUUCGUUUCAUAUAGUCGAUAUAUGCAAGCGUAAAGCGAAGGUCAGGAAGGUCGCGAGCGGUGGGCUAAUCUCGCUUAGCCGCCGAAAUUCGUUGAGUAUAAAAGCUCGGCACGUCUGCGACCACUGCAUCACACAGUAACCUUCUCGUGAUAGAAGGGACACGCUUUUAUUUCUCUUGCAAAAGAGAAGAGCUGAACGUGUUUUCAGCGAAGAUGUUGCGUAACUGCAUCGUGUUCGCUUUGGCGUUGGCGGCUGUGUCCGCCAACAUCAUGCCUCGCACCACCUCGGACGGCAGAACAGCUGAUAUGGACUACUUGCUUAAACAAAAAAAGAUCUUUGAUGUGCUCAUGUACGUCGAUCAGAAUGUCCUCACCGACCACGAAUGCUUCGAAAUUGGACGUAAUUACGACGUCUACGUCAACAUAGAUUACUACAAUGACAAGGAAGUUGUUACGCAGUUCUUGAACAUCUACAAACUCGGUAUGCUAAAACGCGAUGCUAUCUUCACAAUGUACAAACCUGAACACCGCGACGAAGUAAUGCUAUUAUACCGUCUGUUAUACGUCGCCAAGGACUUCAACACCUUCUAUAAGACCGCCUGCUGGGCUCGUCUCAACAUAAACCCUAUGAUGUUUACCAUUGCCUUCAGCACUGCUGUACUCUACCGUGAGGAUACCAAAUAUAUACGCGUCCCAGCCAUUUACGAGAUCUAUCCCAACUUGUUCUUCGAUUCAAAGGUUAUUCGUGAAGCUCAAAACGUAAAGAUGACUCGUGGCUACGGGUACAACAUUCACGGUCUUGGUAUGCUGAAACGCCACGACAUGGACAGUGUAGAAACCUACUACGUGCAAUCGAACUUUACCGACAUUUGCUUGAACCCGAUGUACGAAUAUGAAUACAGACUGAACUACUUCAUGGAAGACGUUGACCUGAACGCCUAUUACUACUACAUCCGUAUGAUGUAUCCGUUCUGGAUGGACACCAAGGACUACAACCUACCCAAGAAUAUCCGUGGUGAUUUGUACUAUUUCAUUCACAAACAGAUCAUGUCCAGAUACUAUCUCGAGAGACUGUCCCAAGGUUUGGGUUCGAUCGAAGAUUUCACUUUCGAUCGCAUGGACUUGCCUGGAUUCUACUCCGAUCUUAGUUUCACCAACGGUGUCUCUGUCCCAAAACGUGACUGGUGGAACAUUGUACCUUUCUACAAGCUCCACUACGUCGACCAUAUCAAGAAAAUCGAACUCAGAAUUAUGGAAGCCAUUGAUCUCGGAUAUGUGUGGGACAGCCAAGGCAAACAGAUCAGCCUUUACACACCCGACGGUCUUAAUGUUUUGGGUAACAUCAUUGAAGGUAACUGUGACUCCAUCAACUUGAAAUACUACGGUGCCUACGAUGUUCUCGGACGUGAUAUUCUGGGGCAGAACUUCGAUUGUAAGUGCAAAGACUACUACGUACCAAGCACCCUUCAGCUCUUAUCCACCAGUUUGAGAGACCCUGCUUUCUACAGACUCUACGACAGAAUCAUGUACUUCUUCCAGAGAUAUAAGGCCAUGUUGAACCGUUACACCAAGAAUGAGGUUGAAUUCCAAGGAGUCAGAAUCGAGAAUGUUGAAAUUGACAAACUAGUGACUUACUUCGACAAGAAGGAAUACUUAAUCAACAACGCCGUGGCCGUCGACAACUACAAGGAAGGCAAAUCGUUUAACAUCAAGGCUGGACAACGUAUCCUCAAUUACAAGCCAUUCACUUACAAAUUCUCCGUCAACAGCGACAAAGACGUCAAGGCUGUGGUACGCAUCUUCUUGGGACCUGCCGUUGAAGGCGAGAAAUACGAUGACUACUCUUACCUUCAAUAUUACUACAGAUACUUCUUCAUGCUCGAUGAGUUCGAAUAUUCUCUGAAACCGGGAAUGAACAGCUUCGAGCGGUCCAGCAUGGAUGCUCAAUUCUUCAAACAAGAGUACUUGACUGGUGACGUAUACUACAAGAAAGUACUCAAGGCUAUCGAAGCCCAGGAAACAUUCAUUUACAACAAGCGUGUUACCGGUUUCCCCAACCAUUUGAUGCUACCAAUGGGUACCGUUGAUGGUAUGAGGUACAAACUCUUCGUCUACAUUGGUCCAUACGAGGAUGUCAAGACUUACGAAGUACCUUACUUGGGCAAUGUCAAAUACUGGGGAAAAUCUUUCGGUUUCCCACUCGACAGACCCGUUACUCCAAUGUUCUUGAAAUUGGACAAUUGUUACUUCAAGGAUGUCAUCAUCUACCAUUUGAAGGACUACGACAUGACCAUGAUCAGUAAAGUAUUUUAA